AUGGGGCCCGGGCCUCACCCCAUUACCCAGCAUGGAGGAAGCCCCUCCAUGCUGAGCCAAAGCUGUUUCCACCGUGCCCUUUGGGAAGCCUCGGGGACCUGCCAGUGCCUCCACUUCAACCUCUGCCAUUAUCUUGGCAGGUUGGGCUUGUGUUUUCCAGGCUGUUUGUCUCUGUCGGGCCCCGACUCUGUGACUGGCACCGUGGGGGGCUCUCUGAGAGUGUGGUGUCAGUAUGAGAGCACGUACAAGGGAUAUAACAAAUACUGGUGCCGAGGACAGUAUGACACAUCAUGUGAGAGCAUUGUGGAGACCAAGGGAGAAGAGAAGGUGGAGAGGAAUGGCCACGUGUCCAUCAGAGACCAUCCGGAGGCUCUUGCCUUCACUGUGACCAUGCAGAACCUCAAUGAAGAUGAUGCUGGAUCUUACUGGUGCAAAAUUCAGACAGUGUGGAUCCUGGAUUCAUGGUCACGCGAUCCCUCGGCCCUGGUUAGGGUGUAUGUUUCCCCAGCAACCAAAACCCCAAGAAGGACCACACGUCCAGCCACAACUCCCAUCUUCCUGGUGGUGAACCCUGGGCGAAACCUCAGCACCAGGGAGGUGUUGACCAAAAAUUCAGGGUUCCAGCUCAGCAGCCUUCACUUCCUGCUCGUGGUCCUUCUGAAGCUGCCCCUGCUCCUGAGCAUGCUAGGUGCUAUCUUCUGGGUGAACAGGCCUCAGCGGGCUCCUGCUGGGAAAUAGAGCCAGGCUGACCUGAAGCCCUGCAGAGCUCUGUCCCCAGGAGUGCCCUCCCUGUGCAGGGAGUCAACCUUUCAGACUGGAUGCAAGAGACCUGUGGACUCUGGAGGGAUUUAUUGUUCCUGUGCCUCAAACGAGGGUCCUGGCUCUUAGAGGACACUCCUUUGGAGGCCUCAGUGUGGAGCUUGGGGGUCCUCCUUUCUCCUCCUCAGUUCCCUGCCUCCCUGCCCUCAUGCCCACUUCCCAAGGGCAAGAAUUCCCUGGAAGUUGGCCGGGCACCAUAAUGAGUGCCUGUAAUCCCAGCUCAGGAGGCUAAGGCAGGGGGAUUGCUUGAACCCAAGAGUUCCAGGCCAGCCUG